GUGGUCACCCUGAUUGCAACGCAAUCAAAAUAUUUCAAGAGCCACUCAGUCAGUGUCUUCUGGGCUCUUCUCGCUUGGAGACUUGAAUGAAAAUCAUUCUUACUCAUUCACUCUUGACGACUUUCAUCAUCUUCGAUAAUAGCAACUGUCUCCGUGUGACCGCCGCUCAGCGCUAAAUUGGAUGGAUGGAUGGAAUAGAUAGCUUUGUCCGAUUGAGAUAUCCAUCCCGGACCCACAGGCUCAGUGGAAUAUGUUCAGCCUCGACCUCCAAUACCCCUCAUUGGUAUUGUGAUCGAGUUCUCAAACGGGUUUGCCCAUAUUACGCCAACCGUUAAAUCCACCACUGUGGCUCAGGGGGUUUUUGGUAUGAAGCGCCGGAAAAGAUUCGGGUUUUGGGUUUUCCUGUGGAUUUGGGUGGGAUUGGAAUCCGCGACCUGGGGACUAAUGGACAGUGAGUUGAACUAUGUCCCUUCGUCAGCCCCAGGGACGGGAUCGUCUUUAACCCCACAGCAUCACAACCCACCCACACAUAAUCUCCCGCCCAUGAAUCGUCAAUGUCACAAUUUUCGAGCCUCGUGGAUGGUGCCUUUUACUCUUUUGAGGCACACUUGCCCUGAGCAACAUGCCACCAGAACACACGCCACCAUGGCUAAAGUUCCCACGGUUUCCCCAAGGCCCAAAAUAGAGGAACCAUCCCGAAUAUUAACUCCCCCUUUAGAAAUGCCCGUCCGCGAUCUUCCAUUGACAUCGGGGACACACACCCAAAGUUCAUCCAAGCCCCCUCCUACACCCCCAAACGACGAGAUCUAUGUGGUUAAAGCGAUUCCUAGAAAUCAGCUCCCACCACAACCCAAAGUAGACCCUCCGCCUAUUGUGGAUCAUUUGGCUGGAUCCCCAACGGUAGAGGAAGGAGAUUCGUCUCCAGAAGAAACAAAAUCUAACGAGGUUGGGAAGGAUCCAAAUAAUGUGGUUCAGGAAAUGGAUCCAUUAGUCGGAGAGAAAAAUCUUACCAAGAAAGGGAGCGGAAAUCCGGCUGAUGAUGUAACUGCCAACAAUACCGAACCAGACAUUCCAUCGUUUAGCGAGUGGGCUCAAAAGGCGCUUGAGGAGGAGGAGAAAAAGAAGGAGGAAAAACGGAAAAAGGUGGUCGAAGAAAAGGAGAAAAUGAAACAGCAACAGCAGCAAAAUGGCAAGGUAUCAUCUAGUCACCAUGCCCCACCUCCUCCCAGUGUAAUGGUUCCCAAUAAAGCUCUCAAGAAAAACUUUGCCAGCCUGGAUUGUGGGGCGAAAGUGGUUGGCGCCAACUCCGAAUCCCAAGGAGCCAGUAACAUCAUUUCCACGUCCAGAGACGAGUACAUGCUCAACACAUGUACUGACAGUGCUUGGUUCGUGGUUGAGUUAUGCGAGUCCAUUAAAGCCUUUAAAGUGGAAAUUGCCAAUUUUGAGCUCUACUCUUCAGUUCCUCACGAAUUUCGAGUGUGGCUAGGCGGCAAUUACCCAGCCAGAGACAAGGAUUGGGUGCUCUUUGGUCAAUUUCAAGCCAAAGAUGAAAGAACCGUUCAAACUUUCACGUCCCAAGAGAGCGUUUUUGGCAAGUAUGCCAAAAUUGAGAUCCUCUCCCAUCACGGAAGUGAGCAUUACUGCCCGAUCUCAAUGUUUCGGAUCUUUGGGAUCUCUGAGAUUGAGCUAAUCGGGCGAGAUGAUGACGACGAUGACGACGACGAUGAUGACCAUCAACAAAACAUUCAUCAACCACCAACUGAGGCUGCACUAGAGUUGGAGAAGGAACCGCCAAAAAAGAAGGACAUUGUAAGUUUCAUCAAAGAAAAAGUGGAUGAAACCAUCGAACGAGUUGUGGGCGUGUUCAGGACAAGUGAUCAAUUCCAAAAGAUGGAUGUGGCCCUCAACGAAUCUAGCUUGAUUGGCAACUCGUUCGUAUUUGAGGUACAUUGCCCUGGUUGUGAGGAAGAGCGAUAUCGCGACGUGUAUUACUUGCUGGCCACCAAAUAUAAUAUGCUCAAGAGCUCCCUGCAGAUCCCGGCCCUAAGGACUAGUCUAAUGAAUUGGGCCUGCCGAGAAAAUGGAUUCGAACAAAUUGGAGGACCAAAGCACGAUCAUGGCGUUUGUAUUGGUUAUCAACUAAUGGAUUUUCAUCGCACUCUUUUCGGCUCCAGCCGGACAAUUGCUCUUUGCAAUAUCCUUCUCAUUGACCAAGGGAUCUCUAAGUUCGCUCAUUCGCUUGUUGAUUCCUCGGCGUCAAAGAACACGCAGACUUUGGAUCUUGAAAAUGCCAAGAGCAAUUGGACCGGAUCUGAUCCAGGUGAUCAAUUAUCGAGUGUCAAAGAUGACCAAAACUCGAGGGGAAAUGCACAGGCUCAAGCGCCCAUUGGCGAUGACGGCAGCUUGCCUCUUCCCCCGAAUCGUCAGAAUGAUUUCAAAGGAAAACCAGAUGAAACUAAUCGAAUCAGUCCCAGUGAUGAACAACCAGAUAACGCAGCAGACCGUAACAAGACUGAAGAUAUUGAGAAUGCAUUUGUGGCCGCUUCAGACGGAACACCUCAUGGCCAAACGGUUAUCAUCGAAAAAGGUGCCAAAAAUGGUGAAGACCGUAUGAAUGGCAAUCCCAUUAAAAACGAGAGGUCCAAACAAACCGAAUCCGAACAACUAUCAGCCAAUGGUAAAAUAGCCAAAAUGGAUCCCACCGAGUUGAAGGAUCCGCCUAAGGUUGUUCACGUGUCUCCUACCGCAGAUGCCCACGUUUCUAAGACUGCUCAUGCUCAGUCCAUCAAUUCCCAACAACAAAAGGAAUCCGUGUGGCAGAAAUUGACCAAUAAAAUCAAGACCUUGGAACGAAAUGUCACUCUAAGUAGCGGAUAUCUGGAGGAAUUGAGUGUUCGGUAUAAGAAGCAAAUCGAAGACCUGCAGUUUCUUGUUCGUCAAAGUUCUGAUGCAUUGGCCCAGACUAAUGGAGCUGCCGCUGAGGAUCGGGCCCAACUCCUGCAUCUACAAACCAUCGUCAAGGAGCUCACCCUAACGUUGGAAAACUUGACCACUCAAGUAGAGACUGUCGGCAUUUGGGGCCUUGGGUUCCAUCUGAUCUUUUUGAUUGUGGAGAUUGUCGUGGGGUUCAUAAUUUAUUCUUGCAUUCUACGAGGAUCUUCGAGGAGGCGACCGUCCGUUUCAUCUGAGAAGAGGGACAAUGAUGCCGUCCACUUCGCAAUUCCUUUUCAUAAGUCAGAGUCAACAGCCAUUGACGAUGACAAUAGGCGAUGUCAAGAUCCUCAAGCGAAUCGCCAUCUUAGGGUUGAAAACGACCCUGCCGUUCAUCGAGGGAGAAGACGGAAAAGUCUAGACUUUAAUUUACCUAAUGGAAAUUUGUCCAAGAAGCAACGAAAGCGAAUGCAACGGCGCUUGAACAAGGUGUCCUCCGCCAGUCGGGUUCAAGAUCUAAUUUUAAACGGAGUCAAUGACGACGACGACGACGACGAUCGGGAGGAUGCCCUACCCAAUGUGUAUUACACAUUCCAACCUGGGGACAGGAAGUUGUAUCGAUCAAGCGAUCGAUUCCAGUUGGGCGGGGACUCGGAUUCCUCGCCAGAAACCAGCAGAGAAUCCAGAAGCCAAAGAUUUCGAGUCAAGAAAGUAGCCCCCGAUAUCCCACUGCCCUCGUUACCGGCCAUUCAAGUGCGUAACAUGUUUGGAGCUUUGGACAACAGUGUCCAUGAUGACCCGACGCCAGUCAAGCAGAGAUCCCUUCAGUAUCAGCAACAUUAUGUUGAGCGAGCUCCCCGCAAUGGCCAUUUGGUCCUCCUUACCGAGUCCGAGUAUGAAAACGAGGAUGAACAGAGAUUACUGGUCAAUGGGCGAAGCCAUCGGAGCCGACUGAAGGGCAGCUCUACUCCGGUUCAAUAUCGAAGUAAAUCCACUUCUCCUUUGCGCAUCGGUCAAACCGCCAAACAAAAGGCCCUAUUCAAGAACUUUGAUCCGGACAAAGCGGAUUGGAUCAGUAACAAGAAAAGCGAAUAUCAGAUUCAAGCACCCCCUCCUAAUGCUGUGCUUGUGCUACGUUAACUUUGAAGAAAGGGGACACUUUAUACGUGUCCAACGAAAGACAAACGACCCUUCUUUUCUUGAAGGACAAUACUAAUUACCACUUGCACUGGCUGCACAAUCCUGUGAUAUGAACACUCGACGGCUGUUAUUUGCGUCUACUAGAGCAUUUUCUCACAUCAGAAAUCUGGAACAUUAAUUAAUACCAAUAUGAACUCUUGUAAAAAUGACGACAUACAAAGAUUCUCCUAUUCCCAUCA